AUGUCUAUGGAGGUGAAGAUCCAACCAGCUGAACAACCCCUGGCGAGUCCCAGAUCUCUUAGAGGCGAACCAAGGAUGGAACGGGAAACUCGGGGGCCUGAUCAGCGAAAUCCUCAGAGGGCCCAGAACACCUUUCUUAGCAUAUCCAGAGUCCAUCUGUACCACAGAGGGGAUCCCUCCAGCCAGGGUCACCGGGAGAAGGGAAAGCCAGGCACCAAGCACCAGCCCACCGUUGGAUCCUUGCUGGACAGACUUCGACUUCUUCCUCCAGGGGCAGAAGCACAGCAUCCUCGAGAGGGCAGGGGUGCAGGGUGGAGGACAGAGAACCUGAGACGUCCGAAGGCUGAGCCAAAGGCUGAGAAGUCAGAGCACAAGCCAAGAAGCCAAGGGGUUGAAGGGCCACAGAGAGGAGCUGUGGUCCCAGGGGUCGUGGAUUUCAAGGUGGUCUACGAGAAAUUGAGGCCCGCCAAGCCCGAAACCCCUGGCACCUACCGCUUCGGCCGCCUCAGCCACAACUCUUUCUUCUCCCGGCAUCACCCUCACCCCCAUCGUGUGACCCACAUCAAAGAUUUCAUGGGGAAACCUGUCUGCGUCGUCAAGGACCAACUCUCUCUGGCUUCCUUGCCUCAAACUGCACCCUUCUCCCCCUCUCUGAUGAAGAUGCCUACCCUCUUUGUCCCCAUUGGAGACCCACAGUCCAAUCGAGACCCCCAGCUUUCUUCAGAGGCCUGGAAGAAGGAGUUGAAGAACCUGGCUUCCCAGGUGGUCAUCUACACCAAGGAGAAGGAGCCAGAGAACAAAGAGGAGGAGGUGCCAAAGCGGGAGCAGGGUGCAAAGUACUCUGCAGAGACUGGGAGACUCAUCCCUGCUUCCUCCCGAGCCCUUAGCACCCGCCACUCCCGCCAGGGCCGAGGGAGCCACCCUUCAAACAGAGAUGGCGUCCAGACCUACAUCCUACAGAAUGCGGAGCUGCUGAACACAGUACUCUCUCCACCAUUGGGCGGCCUCACCUUGCCUGGAAGUAGGUUCUCGGGUCCCCUGGGGAGGGUGCAGAGGGCAGGUAAGUUGCUCCACCCCCCAUCGCAGCCUCAACCUCCAGCCAGCCGUAGCCACAGCAGCCACCAGCGCCCCCGCCUACAGAGCCCCCGUAGCGUAUACGAGACAGAGCUGGAUCUUUUCCGAAUGAUCCUGGCCUGGAGAGCACAGAGGAGGAAGGGCCCUGAAGCAGCAGACGUGGCCGCGGCGGAGGACACGGCUGCGGGCAAAGCGGGGAAGGAGCUCCGAACCCUGCAGUUUGCAAAAACUGCUGGCCGCGGCCCUGGGGCCGCCCACCGGGAGCAGCUCGCCUCUUUGCUAGCAUCUCAAGACUCUGAAUUUAGGAACUUCCGGGUGGGGAGGCUCGUGGGGACCCUGAAAUUCCCCCACCAAGGACUCGGGCGUUUGGGACUCGAUCUUGGAGCUCCUUUGUCAGAUCCUGCAGACAGAUUCAUUGAGUGCUAUCCAGUUCUGGCUCCUCUACUCUCCUCCCAAGGAGAAAGCGUUGGCGCUGGGGCUCCUGCAGACAGCAGUGGCUCAGCUCCUUCCCCAGGGCCUAGACUCCAUCCCGACAGAAAAACUGCUAAGCCAGCUCCAGGACAUCCAGGAACCACCUUCAGAGACGCAACAGCCAAACUACAGCCUGUCCCCGAGGAAGUCAAAGACACCGCCUCUACCAAAAAGCGAGACACCAGAGUACAUCGGGAAAGCACAAGUUCUCCGGGUGCAUCCAAGCCAGAGCUCAGAAGAGAAAGUGGUGAAGGCAGAGUGCUGAGGAGCGGGCGCCGCCUUACCCACUUUGCCCCAGAGCCAGCCCAGAGCUCAAGCUUAGCCCCGCCUGCUCCAAAGCCAGCCCAGGCUCCAAGCUCGCACCAGUCUCCUCCACUGCCUCAACAGCAAUACGUUCUUCCCUAUCACAUUGAGCCCAUUAAAAUAGCACCUUCCCUCUAAGAGGACAGGUCCACUCUCCUAUCCGCAGCAGGCCUGUGCGUGGGGCAUUUAUUCCCUGAGAAGGGGUGAGCUGCAGGGUAUUCCCCCAUCCCUUGGAGAAUGCCCGAGUGCCAGCAUGGGGCUUACCCGGUUCUCUCACAUCCCAGGGAACUGACGGGCAGAAAGUGGUUAAGAGGCCCGAGAACAAAGAUCUGCCACUCUCUGAACCAAGACACACAGGGCUCGGGGUAGAUUAGAGCAGAGGUCAGGCGUCCACAGGCCUCCCUGAAAUAGUCAUCGAUAUCAGUUAUUGAAUUCCUAUCAGGCAUCGUGGCAGGGGCUUCAGUACUAGUUAAUGAACUCUGUUAACUGACCCCAAAAAAAGUCAGUCUAGCUUUGGGUGGAUAUAAAUGACACCGAUUUACUCAAUUCAGAUGGAUUAAGUCCCUGAGGGUUUUCCCCAAUACUCCAGUCACAAAACUUUUUUUUUUUUUUUUGCAAACUGGAAACACAACUAGGCAAUACCCAGCU